AUGCCGAUCAUUUUGCUGGUCGUUGACACGAGUGCCUCGAUGGCUCAAAAAACCUAUCUAGGCACCUCAUAUCUCGAUGUGGCUCGUAACAUUAUCGACACCUUACAGAAGCAACGUAUGAAAGACGUAGCAACUCGGGGUUACGAUCGUUUUUUCCUCAUCACAACUGAGGACUACCCAAAUUGUAUCAAGUGCGGAUGGCGAGAGAACAGCGCCGUACUGCAUGAACAGCUGAAGAGGUUACGUCCACAUGGCCGAGGAUCUAUAGCUGAGGCCUUCAUGAACGCCCUGAAGUUCAUCAACGUCCAUCGUGCACAAACGGAUGCCAAUUGCUUAACAUUACUCAGUACUCAACAGGAAUCGAUAAUUAUGGAUGCGGACGAUUUCCCGCGUACUUCGAGCCGGUCAUUCUUCUUGCAAUCACCGAUUCAACUUCUUUGGCUGAUAUCCCUUCCGAUUUUCGGAAAAGGACAACUUCCACCACGUCGAGCCCAUCCAAGUAUCGUUUUCUCAAUCGAUCCUGUACCGUCACCGACCAUUCAAACUGACCUUCCAUUUGAUAAGUAUCAGCUGGAACCGAGCCCGGUUGCGGAGUACAUUCUCGAUAGACAUGCGAGCACAUCUGCGAACAUGUGCUACCAAGUUUUUGUUCGGUCAUCAAGCAGAACGGAAGGAGUCGGUAAACCAUUUGGCUAUUUGAAGAGUGCUUCGAAUGGACAAGUUGUUAACCUGAUAAUCAUGCCCUAUAACUAUCCAGUGAUUGUGCAGUUAUUCGAGGAAUAUAAGCCAUUGAGAAAUGCCCUCUCAAAAAUGAAGAUUGAAACAGGAUUGUUGGAUGAAAGAGGGGUUUCCCUGAGUCAAGUGUAUCCUGCGGCGUUGUUGAACUACCUGAAUGAGCUGAAAACACAGGGCAAGGAGGAGUUCGAGAAAACAUGUACAACGUUGUCGGUACUUUCGCAACAGAACAUGACUCCACUACCAAUUGUGGCAGUUGAACAAUUGCCGUGUGCGUCACCUUCGCGAGAUUGGCAACCUCUUGCUGUGCGCAUGAAGGACCGUGUUGCUCGAAGAGAUCGCCGUGAGGUAGAGCCUAUACGAGAUCCUGAAGCAGAGUUGUCGAAAAUGAGGAUAUCUUCUCAUAGGACGCAAUUGCAUAUCCACUUGUGUGAACCACGGUUGCGGGCAACGGCUGGUUGCAAAUUCAGAAAUCCUUUUAUUGUACCGGCAUUAGAUAUGGUUGGCCAUUUGCCAAGGUUGCGCGCCAAUCUCGACAUGACGUUUCGUGAAAGCACCUUUUCUCUCUUAGAUGGUGGUCCUCCUGGCGUAGACUUAAAAUUACAUACGUCUGACGAGCUUCAUCAGUUGCCGAUUGCGCAGAUGGGUAAUUACGAAGAGUAUAUCAAAGGACUGGCUUCCGUCGGACGUGGACCACUACGUCCAGUUGAACCGACACCUGUCCGGACGCAUGCAUUCGGAAAUCCUUUCAAAACUGACAAAAAGAGCUUGGCGAUUGAUGAAGUUGGAGAGGGAAUGGUUGGAGCAAACGCUGCGGUACCAACUGCAAAAGAAUCGCGAAGAGAACGCGUUAGAGGUGACGGGAUUGGCCGACCACCGAAGAGGAAGCCUGGUCCUGUGUCACGAAAUUGUUUACAGCAAUGGAGUGUUCCCUUAAUUUAUUUUCCUGGAAUCAGGGAGCGUCGGCGAACGAACAGCGAUCGGUCAUCUGUGGUGUCGGAUUUGUCUUACACUUUGGACCUGGAUGUAGAAAUGCCAAGUACAAGCGGUGAAAACUCCGGUGAUGAAACAGCUUUGAAUGAAAUGACAAAUGGAUUAAAUAAUACAAGACUGAUCGAGCUGGCUGGGCUUGAACCGGAAGCAGAAAGUGGAGAAGAAGAAGAAGCAGAGGAAUCAAUAGCUCCACCUGCAAAACGGCGGAAAACUGAGGGGCUGUCAGAAGAACAGAUGAUGGAACGGAAACUUCGGAUAGCAGCGAUUGUUCGGCGGCAUUCGAACAACAGUACCAUAUGGUCAGAGUUAUGUCGUGAGACGUCAGUCGACGGCUCGUUGUUGGAUCAGUUUCACCUCGCCGAUUUCGCAUUGCGUGAUUCACGACGGUUUAAAAGAACGACCAUAGUCGAUCAACUCACUGCCGAAAUUCAACGGAUACGAAAGCUGCUUGCUAUGUGA